AUUUUUAGGAAGACUCAUUGCAGUUAUUUUUGGCGGGUAAUCCUAACUAAGCCACUAACUGCAUUUCAAACCUUAUCCCUCUAUUUUUCCAACUCGAAGUUGCUCAGCCAUGGUGUUUUCCUCUUCUUCAUUACUGUCAUUGCCCAUUUUACCCUCCACUUUCCAUGUCCUCCCAACCUCUGAUCCUCCGUACAAACUCCUCCAAACCCAUCCAUCUCUCACCCUACUCUCCAAAUGCAAAAGCAUGCAAAAUCUCAAACAAGUCCACGCCCACAUUAUCAAGAGUGGCCUUCACAAUACCCACUUCGCUCUGAGCAAGCUCGUUGAGUUUUGCGCCGUUUCGCCUUUCGGAGACCUCUCUUAUGCCCUCUUAGUCUUUCAAUCCAUCGAGAACCCCAAUCAGAUUAUAUGGAACACAAUUAUUCGAGGUUUUUCCUUGAGCUCUAAGCCAAUACAAGCUGUGGAAUUCUAUGUUCUGAUGCUUCUUUCUGGCGUGGAGCCGAAUUCUUAUACGUUCCCUUUUCUUUUGAAGUCUUGUGCGAAAUUCGCGGCGAGCCAUGAAGGGAAACAGAUCCAUGGACAUGUUUUGAAGCUUGGACUUGACUCUGAUGCCUUUGUGCACACUUCUCUUAUCAAUAUGUAUGCUCAAAACGGUGAAUUGGAUAAUGCACGUUUGGUGUUUGAUAAAAGUUCUUUCAGAGAUGUGGUUUCAUUUACGGCCUUGAUCACUGGUUAUGUUUCAAGGGGUUGUAUGGAUGAUGCUCGUCACCUUUUUGAUGAAAUUCCGGUAAGAGAUGUGGUGUCUUGGAAUGCUAUGAUUUCGGGUUAUGCUCAAAGCGGUCGGUUUGAAGAGGCAUUGGCUUUGUUUUCGGAGAUGCGGAAAGCAAAUGUCUCGCCCAAUGAGAGUACAAUGGUCGUGGUGCUUUCAGCUUGUGCUCAGUCGGGGUCUCUUGAAUUGGGCAAAUGGGUUGGGUCUUGGAUUGAGAACCGUGGACUUGGUUCAAAUCUUCGGCUUGUUAAUGGACUUAUUGAUAUGUACGCAAAGUGUGGUGCUUUGGACACAGCUCGAGGUUUAUUUGACGGUUUGCAGCAAAGGGAUGUAAUUUCAUGGAAUGUCAUGAUUGGUGGUUAUACACAUAAGAGCCACUACAAAGAAGCCUUGGCACUCUUUCGGUUAAUGCUACGAUCAAAUGCAGAUCCUAAUGAUGUCACAUUCUUAGGCAUUCUUCCAGCUUGUUCUCAUUUAGGAGCUCUUGACCUUGGCAAGUGGAUUCAUGCUUAUAUAGAUAAGAACUUUCAGAGUUUUACCAAUACCUCUCUCUGGACGAGUCUCAUUGACAUGUAUGCAAAAUGCGGAAACAUUGAGGCAGCAAAACAAGUCUUUAAUGGUAUGGAAGCCAAAAGCUUGGCUUCUUGGAAUGCAAUGAUAUCUGGCUUAGCCAUGCACGGGCAUGCACAUACAGCGCUCGAGCUUUUCUCGAAAAUGGCCGAUGAAGGAUUCAAACCGGAUGAAAUAACAUUUGUGGGAGUUUUAUCUGCUUGUAACCAUGGUGGUCUUGUAGACCUUGGACGCCAGUAUUUUAGUUCCAUGAUCACAGAUUACCAUAUUUCAGCACAAUUGCAACACUAUGGAUGCAUGAUAGAUCUUCUAGGCCGAGCCGGAUUAUUUAAUGAAGCAGAGGCCCUAAUGAAUAGCAUGGAAAUGAAGCCAGAUGGCGCUGUCUGGGGUUCUCUUCUUGGAGCUUGUAGGAUCCACAGGCGUGUGGAGCUGGGUGAACUUGUUGCCAAACAUCUGUUUGAAUUGGAGCCUGAAAAUGCUGGGGCUUAUGUGCUGCUAUCUAACAUCUAUGCAGGAUAA